AUGAGAGUGACAAAAAAGGGCAGAAAGGAAGAAGUGGUGGCUAUCAAACCAGACCCAGAGCAUGUCGAUGGUCUUGGGCUGGCAUGUCCAGCAGCUUCUUGCGGCAGAUCAUCAUCUGCGUCAUUUGACAAGCUCGGUAACUUGGAGCAACUAAAUUCUGGGAUCGGCUCUGAUGAGACCCGCGACAGCAGCAUCGAGCUGGAGUCUUCGCUUCUGGUGAUGCCGGUGAAUCGGAACCUGCAAAUCACUUCAAAGGGCCAGCCUUCCUACACUAAAAAGAUCUGGAAGAUAAAUAAGUUCAAGACGGAUGAUGCCGAAAAGCAGUCGAAGAUAAUACAGGAUGCGCAGAAUCUCGUAUUGAACGAUUCGUCCGCCAAGACGAACAAGCACGGGUUCAGGAAGACCAACGUCAAGCCGAAGGUCAACAAGGAGGGCACCCCGAAGGAGUUUCUAUUCGUUAACUGCACACCGACUGCUGCUGCAGAAUCUCCCGCAGAUGAGCAGGAAAAAAAAGCUACAGCCGGGCCUCGCAAAGUUUCGCGGCUUUUUGGAAGCCGCUCACUGAAGAAGGACAAGGACAGCAAGGAACCCGAAUACCAGCCCCAGGCAGUCAAGUCCGAAGUUCAAGAAGAGAUUUCGAACGGGCGCAUGCCGUUUUUGAACUCCUCUCCGUCGGUGUUUAUGGGCCCAGAAUCGUCAAAAAGAUCGUCCCUGCGAAAAUUUUGCAGCCGCAAACCAAAGGCCGAGGUCCACCACUCUGGCGACUCGUCGUCGGCAGCGACUCCCUCGGAGUACACUCUGACCCCCAAGAGCGGCACGGGCAAUGCAAAUGCGCCCUAUACGCCAAUAACGCCAAUUCUGUCCACCAGCUCUUCUAUGACCUCAAUGGUAUCCACUGCCACUCCGCAGCCGGAACACUUUACUGGUUAUGGCCAAUACCCGACACCGUUCACGAUGUCGGCUACCGCGGGUGCCCGUGAUCGUUCGGACUCAGGAAACUCCAUAUAUCAGUCGCUGCAAAAUAAACAGCUGCUGCAAUCACCAAUCGUGAACACGCCAUCGCAGCACGGAGAUGACGAGUCUGGAACUGCCUACGACGAACUGGUUGAGGUGUCUCCGGUUAGCACCUCGGUGACGAAGAAAAUGAAGACUCUCAGACGGUCGAACUCCAUAGUCUCUGUGACUUCUCUCUCAUCGCAGUCCCAGUACCCGCCGUCGUCCCUAUCGUCUGGUGGUUAUUAUGGCCUUGGAGCAGCCUUCUCGCCAUCAAAUCCCGGAUCGGGCUUUUCGAGCGGCAGAGUCGCGCCCAGAACCCGCUCUGCAAGCAAUACAGUGCCGAACACCGCCCAGAAAUCUCCGCUGAUCAAAACUUUGAGCCAUCAGAACAUGCAGUUUGCUUAUCCCACAGUGCCGGAAAACGUCCAUCCUGCCGGAAAUCAGCCUCUCUUUGACUCGCAACUCAUAAACUACACAGAGUACACCCCAUUCACCCAACAGCAACAACUAGAUACCUACUUUGAGGCCUCUCAAUCCCCUCAACAGACGUCUUACCCGUAUGCUUUGACUAUGGAAGAGCUCAAAAAACAGCAUGACGACCUUAUACAGCAGCAUCAAUCGUUGUUCUAUUCGUUCGGCCCCAUAGAGCAGGAACAGAUACCAGCAGCCAAAUACGGCUCUCCGGUCACCAAUCCGUAUUUUUCUGCUCCGCUGGGCCACUCAAAUAGCACUUUCACCACCAGUUCCGCCGAAGAUUCGUCACGAACUCAAACUGGUCUGGAUCAGGAGAGUUUCGACCUCUACCCCUUCAUUGAGGGGGACGAUCACCGCAAUUGA